CUGCAGGCGUCGCUGAUGGCAUAGACUGUUGGCUUCUGGCUGAGAGGCUCAAGGAGAUGAAGAAGCAGGAUAAAGAAGACAAAGCAUACACAGGAUGGUGCUUGCAAUGAGUGAAGACAAUUCAGAACAGGUUGGAAGCCAUCCCAGACUGUGUGAUGUGCUCCAGGUGCUGUGGGCAGAACGAGACCAGUGCCUGCGGGAUCUCGCCAGGGAGCGGACAGAAGGCCUGGCCAUGGAGCAGCCAACACCAGCAGGCUGUGAAGGGCAAUGGGACAACAUGAGCUGCUGGCCAUCCACCACCACAGGCUGGACCGUGGAAGUGCAGUGUCCGAGAUUCCUCCAGAUGCUCACAGGCAGAAAUGGUUCCUUGCUUCGAAACUGUACACAAGGCGGCUGGUCUGAAACCUUCCCUAAGCCCGAUGUGGCCUGUGGGGUUGACAUGAACAACUUGUCCAAUGAGAAACGGCAUGCAUACCUGCUGAGGCUGAAGGUCAUGUACACCGUGGGCUACAGCUCCUCCCUCGUGAUGCUCCUGGCUGCCCUCGGCAUCCUCUGUGCUUUCCGGAGGCUCCACUGCACCCGCAACUACAUCCACAUGCACCUGUUUGUGUCCUUCAUCCUGCGUGCCCUCUCCAACUUCAUCAAGGAUGCUGUGCUCUUCUCCUCAGACGAUGCUGCCUCCUGUGACGCCCAGAAGGUGGGCUGCAAGCUGGUCAUGGUCUUCUUCCAGUACUGCAUCAUGGCCAACUACACCUGGCUGCUGGUGGAAGGCCUCUACCUCCACACGAUCCUGGUCAUCUCCUUUUUCUCCGAAAGGAAGUGCCUCCAGGGAUUUGUUGCCCUUGGAUGGGGUUCCCCAGCCAUCCUUGUCACUUUGUGGGCUGUCGCCAGGUACUUUCUGGAAGAUGAUGGGUGCUGGGAUAUCAAUGCCAAUGAACCUGUCUGGUGGGUCAUCCGAGGGCCUGUGAUCCUGUCCAUCCUGAUUAAUUUCAUUCUUUUCAUAAACAUUCUAAGAAUCCUGAUGAAAAAACUUAGAACCCAGGAAACAAGAGGAACCGAAGUACAGCAUUACAAGCGACUGGCUAAGUCCACUUUGCUGCUGAUCCCUCUCUUCGGCAUCCACUACAUCAUCUUCGUCUUCUCCCCAGAGGAUGCCAUGGAGAUCAAGCUGUUUUUUGAAUUGGCCCUUGGCUCAUUCCAGGGCCUGGUGGUGGCCGUCCUCUACUGCUUCCUCAACGGGGAGGUGCAGCUGGAGGUCCAGAAGAAGUGGCGGCAGUGGCACCCCCGUGAGCUCCCCCUGCGCCCGAUGCUCAGCUCCUCCUACAGCAAUGGCACCGGUGGCUUCACCCCUGGCACCACGGCCAGCCCCUCUGAGCAGAGCCUGAGCACCUGCAGGACCAGUAUCAUCUGAGAGACGCAGGCCAGAGGCCAGAAGGAGGAGGGUGGUGGAAGAGGGACAUCAAGGCUGGCCCAGGGGAGAGCUGACCAUGUCCGUCAGUCUGUUUGACCUGGGUGCUGUGGCUCAUUCCUCUGUCUUUCCUGCUGAAGACAUCCUGGUCCUUCAGCUCCUCCACUUCCAGGGACAAGCUCUGAUGCCCAGGGACCAUGAGAAAUCAAGGAGCUUUGGGCCUAGGUGGGCCUCUCUGCAGCUCACCUCUCGAGCAGCAUCCUCUUCCCACCCGUCUGCAGCCCACCUCUCCAGCAGUUAUCUCACGAACCUUCCAUCCGACAAUCACAAGAGAGGCUGGAGAGCCCUGGGGCCUACAUCCCUUUUAGGAAUCCUAACGAGGCCUAAAAGAUUUAGGCGUUGGGCUGCUAAUUUCGAGGUCGGCAGUUCAAACCCACCAGCAGGUCUGGGGGAGAAAGAUGAGGCUGUCUGCCCCCUUAAAGAUCUGUAGUCAUGGAAACCCGUAAGUCUGAAUCAGCUUGAUGCCAGGGGCUUGGUUUUAAUGAGGCCUGAAGCUUGGCCAUACUGUUACUUUUUCCAGGGGGCAGCUACUGCAGGAAACGGGCCUGGUCCUGUUGUGUUGAUGGCAAACAAAUGCCCCUGGGUCCUGUGACUUAGCUAGGAGGCAGAUCAGCCCAGGGCCUUUUAAUUUCAAAUCCCAGGCUCCCAGGACGCUGUGUCGGGCUUUCCCUGGGCCUGCUCCCAGGCACUGAAGGGGAGUGGCCGUUUCCCUUGUCCCUCUAAACUCCUGGGCCGCCCAGGAUAUAAGGCUCAGGCUUGACUCCUCUUGGAUAUCAGCACCACAUUCCCUUCCAGUUCCCCAACAAUGCCAAUUUAGAAAGACCAAAUAUCCCCCACCCCCUGCUUUAAAAAACAAAACAAAACCUACUAGUACUCCAAACUGAAACUAAUAAACAUGAAAAA